AUGGAUGGACGCUUCUCCCUCUCUGUCACGGAUGCCAUGGUUGCCCUUAGUUUGAAGAUGUAAUCCGGAGACAGGUGUUUUAUACAACAGCCUUCUGUGUGUUCUAUUUUCGACUCCGUCUGCAUAUUUGCCAGAAUGUUCUCCAUCUCCUUAGCUAUCAUACUCUAAUUCCACUGAUUUCAAAACUCGGUCCUCCAGAAAGUGGAGAGCAACACUUAUGUAGUUCUACUAUGUGAUAUCUUUCAAAAAAGCCAAGUUAGAAAGGAUUACCUACACAUACUGAGCAGCUCAUGUUAUAGACAGAAGCAUGCUACAUGGCAGACCAAUCCGAACUCAUCUCUCGGCAUGUCCAGCCCAUCCAUUAUCUCAGCCAAUCAUGGCUAGCGGGAAGGUUGCUGUCUUUUUCAAAUCAAAACCAAAUCAAAUUUAUUGGUCACAUACACAUGGUUAGCAGAUGUUAUUGCGAGUGUAGCGAAAUGCUUGUGCUUCUAGGUCCGACAGUGCAGCAAUAUCUAGUAUUUUGUUAAUGUAAGAAGUAAUACAUAAAAAAACAAAAUACUGCAAAGUUUCCUAAGGACUAGAAGCGAGGCAGCCCUCUCUGUCGGUGCCAUCUAUCUAUUUAUGUGGCUAAACCAACUAGGUUCGUGAUUUAACCAUUUUAUUCGUAUUUACAGAUCGCAUACAAGUUUGUUAUUAAGGCACAUGAAAGUUCACAUGUUCCAGAAGGCAUUUCUGCCAAAAAACGCAUUGAUUAAAAUAAAAUAGAAAUUACAUUCAAAUGGCUCUCCUAUGAAGUAGUGACGUGACGUGCGACAUACGCCUAGUUUCCUGAAACGAGUCACAUAUGGUCAAGUGCCACAAAGAAGAACAUUUGGGCCAGCUGUGCACAGCUGUGUACACAGAGGGCUAAUAUCAAUAACAUGUCAAUCUAUCCUGCCUCAAAAGUAGAGGAGAGAUUGACUGCAUCAUUACUUGUCUGUGAGAGGUAUUGGUGUGUUGAAAGCACCAAACUGUCUGUUCAAACAGCUAACACCCAUACAUACCCCACAAGACAUGCCACCAGGGUUCUCUUCACAGUCCAAGUCCAGAACAGACAUCAAGUAACUCAAGCGAGCAGUAAAAUCAGAUUUAAAAAAAAAAACAUAACUCAAGGCACAACGUGGACGGUGAAGAGACACCAACACACACACUAACGCAAGCACUCUAGACACACAUUGUAAUGUUGUGGUAUUGUGGAUUUUAUAUUGUACAGUUGUAAUAGAGUAGUAAUGUAUUUGUAUGAUGUAAUGUUUAAUUUACAGUGUAGGCUGUUAUGUUGUGCUGUAACUGUUUUAACCAUGUUUGGACCCCAGGAAGAGCUAAUGGGGAUCCUAAUAAAUACUAAUGAUAGCAUUAGCAAAAGCUCAUUCUGCUGACCACUAUUUGAAGUGAAUGGCUAAAUGCCUCUACGUUGGUUAUUUAUGAUUCCAGUUCGAUAGAUGUGUUCUAUUUUGCUGUAACAGAUUUGUUUUAACACAGUAAAGCAGACAUCCUACAGUUGUCCUGUUUUCUGAUGUUUACCAGGGUUUUUUCUGCAGAACGGAGGACGACUUUGAUGACUGGUGUAUGCGCAUCCGUAAGGUACGUUACACUGUUUCUUCUCUAUGCGGUACAAAUACUGAGGUUAAAGAAAAAAAUCCACCCAAAACCACUCAUUCCUUUACUUUACAUUUUUAAAUAACACUAUGUGAGGACAAUAUGUUUUGUGAACAAAUGUUUCAUUUUGGCAUUAUAAUAAGGUUGGUAGCAACAUGGAAAAUCGUUGUGGAAAUCUGUUGCAGCUCAAGUCGACUACAAAAUCCACAAUGCAAUGCUCUCUCUAUGGGCUGGCUAGCUAGCUAGCAACCGUAGCUACACACAAUAAUACCAAAGACAUUUUACAUUUUAGUCAUUUAGCAGACGCUCUUAUCCAGAGCGACUUACAGUUAGUGAAUACAUAUUUUUUUAUACUGGCCCCCCGUGGGAAUCGAACCCACAACCCUGGCGUUGCAAACGCCAUGCUCUACCAACUGAGCUACAUCCCUGCCGGCCAUUCCCUCCCCUACCCUGGACGACGCUGGGCCAAUUGUGCGCCGCCCAUGAGUCUCCCGGUCGCGGCCGGCUGCGACAGAGCCUGGAUUCGAACCAGGAUCUCUAGUGGCACAGUUAGCACUGCGAUGCAGUGCCUUAGACCACUGCGCCACUCAGGAGACAAGACAAUAUCAGCAUGUAAAGUAGCUAGUUAGCUGAAAAUCGCCUAAACAAACUACACUGUCAAUUUGGUCUACAAGCUCACCAUGUUCAACCUGCAGAUCGAUGUGCCUGGAAAACCUUGCCUAUGCUACGUCAAUGGGCCGUGCGGUGCAUUCUGGCCGAUUCUGGGACAAGGAGUGAAUGGGAGUCAAUUGGGAGCUAGCAAAACAUUUUUUUUUUAAAGCACGAAUUUCAUCAACAAGAAGUACAACAUUACAAAUCUUUAAAUAUUGCAAAAAAAAUGAUCAAUGGCUCAUUCGAGAGAAGACAUUCUGCCGAGUUAUGACAUCGGCCAGUAUUGAAAUCUGACAUGUUAUGAUAGACGUUUUCACGAUCUUAAAGUCGUAUUCCCGAUCUUAAAGUCGUAUUUCCAUUUAACUUCCAGUGUCAUGAGAGCGACUUUAUCACAGUGCUACGUCAUACUGGCCAGAUUGACUCUGCACCGGUACCCCCCUGUAUAUAUAGCCUCCCUACUGUUAUUUUAUUUUACUUCUGCUCUUUUUUUCUCAACACUUUUUUUGUUGUUGUUUUUUUUUUACUUUUUUUUGUUAAAAAUAAAUGCACUGUUGGUUAAGGGCUUGUAAGUAAGCAUUUCACUGUAAUGUCUGCACCUGUUGUAUUCGGCGCAUGUGACCAAUUUGAUUUGAUUUCCGCAUGCUUAAACGCCAAUAACUCAGAUAAACAUGAAAUGACAGAACAUCACUCAGAUGCAUAAAAACAAUAUAAUAUAAAAAAAAUGUGUGAACCUUUCCUUUUUAAGAAUUCACCUUGACACACAACUGAACUUCUGAUCCGUUAGGAGUUAGUCCCUAUUCCUCUGGACCCCAGGAAGACUAGUGGUUUCUAAGGCGUCAGCUAACGGGGAUCUAAAUAAAGAAUGUGGUAGUUCUGCUGUGCUUCAGUUAGCCAGGCCCUUCGAGCAUUGGGUCCUAUGGUGCUGAGUGUACUGACUGUCCUGUCCCCCAGGUGUCCCACACUAGAGGAGGCCUGCCCAUGUUUGAGCUAGUAGACCGUCAACCAUCACACUUCGCCUCCUCUGUAGACGUGCUCAACCUCACGACUGGUAAAUAUCAAACACUUCUGUCUACAGUCUCUUGACCUGUGGGGGUUUUCGGGGGAAAGGGAUAUUGUGAUUUAUUUCUCUUUACAGAUGAGGCUGGGAUUCAGUCAGAGGUGCGUUGUGGACAUUGCACUACCGACAAAACGCCUUUUAAAGGCAAUUUCCCUGACGUUCGCAGAGAUCGCAUUCACGGUAAAAAAAAAAAAACUGCAGACGUUGGCUCAAGUGGACGUUACAUUUAAAUGUCGAGAGCUGUGUGCUAAACUACAACUCACCUUUGCUUGAAUCCUGAAUCUGGAUCUGUGAUGUGAUUUUAAUUAUGUUGAGGACAAGAUAAUGUGAUCUAUCUUUACAGACUAUACACGUGUUAAGACAUUGAUGUGAUAAUGUUGCUAAAUACUAAUUUCUCACUCCCUCUCCCCUGUAGAUUUCUCAGAUAGGUUGGAGCGGUUCUUUGAUUCUGAGGAUGAAGAGUUUGAGAUCCUGUCCCUGUGA